AUGGGCCCUUUGAGCUCCGAGGUUCGGGAGCUGACUUUGUUAUCGCCGGCCCCUCCGGUGUCUUCUCUACCUGGAGUCAGCGAGGGACAAUGGCCUCAGUUUUUAGACCUCCAUCCCUCCUCCACCUACAGCUGUUUGCAGGCCCCUCACUCGCUCAUCAAGCAGGAGCCAAGCUGGUGCACCUCAGACUCUCUGGAGGAGCAGCACUGUGGCCUGGGGGCCUUCACCGUGCACUUCUCAGGACAGUUUGCAGGCGCGGGGAGAGCAUUUGGAGAACCAGCCUCAGGCCAACCAAGAAUGUUCUCCAAUGGGACAUACCUACACUCCUGUGUGGACAGUUCCUCUGCGCCCAGGAGCCAAGGCUAUGGGGCAAUAAACUUGGAUAACAACCCGAGCUACGGUCUCACUCCUUCCCACCAGCUCCCCAGUUUUUCCUUCAAACAUGAAGACCCGCUGUCGCCCCUACACAACAUGGUUGAGCCGCAAUAUACAACUCCAGCUCCAGUCUUUGGGUGCCAUAAUCCUCCCGAAUCAUGUCCAAACAACCAAGCAUUACUUCUGCGAAAUUACAACAGUGAUAACUUGUGCCAAAUGGCCUCUCAGAUGGAAUGUAUGACGUGGAACCAGACAAACACACUGGCCUCCUCCAUUAAGAGCUUUGAGACAGAUCCAGCACCUCCACCUCCUCAGAUGCUGCUGAGCUGUAGCACCCAGUACCACAUCCACGCACACGGUGUCUUCAGAGGCCUACAGGAUGUGAGCCACGUUCCCAGUAUCACCCCAUCUACAUCCAAAUCUAACGAGAAGCGUCCGUUUGAAUGUGCUUAUCCUGGCUGCAGUAAACGCUACUUCAAACUGUCCCAUCUGCAAAUGCAUGGCCGCAAACACACAGGGGAGAAGCCAUACCAGUGUGACUUAACAGAGUGCGGCCGCCGAUUCUCUCGAUCGGAUCAGUUAAAAAGACAUCAGCGGAGACACACAGGUGUGAAGCCGUUUGAGUGCCAGACCUGCCAGAGAAAGUUUUCACGGUCAGACCACCUUAAGACACACACUCGGAUUCAUACAGGUAAAACAAGUGAGAAGCCUUUUACCUGCCGCUGGUCCAGCUGUCAGAAGAAGUUUGCGCGCUCCGACGAGCUGGUGCGCCACCACAGCAUGCACCAGAGGAACCAAAGCAAACUUCAGCCCCCAAUCUGA